CGCUUCACUGUGCUGUCUCCUGCAGGUGUAAACAACACCCUGCGUCACACCGGAUCAUACAAUCAUCUCCCAUCCCUCCUUUCUGGAACACAUUCAGCCUUUAAGAAGUCGGCUUUGGUGCGUUGACUGGAAAUUCGCGCUGCCCGGUGCAUCGAAUCAAAGGCAUCAGGCGUCGCCAUGAAUGUCCACUACGUGGCGCCAUACUUGCUUCGCGUCGCAGAUUGGCUUGUUGACGGAAGUUCCCACGGAAGAAGAGAGCAGCGAUGGUACGGGUGAAGAGGAGGUAUUUACUGUGUGAGGUCAACGUGUCGAACCGGAGCCGCCUGUUGCAGCUGGAUGACCGAGCUGUGGCGACCGCGGUGCGGGCAGCAGUGGCCCGCAUACACGGAGACUAUGGAGCAGCUCACUGCCUCAUCGGCUUCUCUGUGAAAUAUCUGAACGCUCAUACUGGAAUGGUAUUUCUACGAUUCCCCAAAAGUUGUUACAAACUCCUCUGGUCUGCAUUACCUUUUAUAACAAGUAUUGAAGCUCGUGGCCAGAACAUUCCGUGUUUUCUAAACUGUUUGCAUGUGGGAGGAACAAUUAGGACAUGUCAGAAGUUUCUGAUCCGAUACAAUACCCAACAGCUCCACAGGUUGCUCCCUCAAUGUAAAAAUGAAGAGGAAAAACAACAGGUUCGUGAAGCAAUUCUUCAAUGCUCCAUACCAGGAGGAAAGAAGGAUACAUUUGAAGACAAGUUAGAGAGUGAAGAAGAUGAAGAAGAUUGACAUCACGGCAUGCAGUCAUAGGUUGCAACUUCAUAGUUCUUCCUGGAUGACUGACUUGGACUAUCUUUAUACAGUACUAACAGGGGGGAAGAUAUGAAGCAUUUGAAGAAAUGCAACCAUGGAAACAUGGUUUACUGCUGCUCUUCAGUGGAUUUUUACCAAAUGAAAACUCACUGUCUUCAAUAGAGGAACAUGUUAAUGUUAAGUUUGUCACAGGAAAUUUGGGUUUGCAGGGUGGCCCCAUGGUCAGCAUGAAUAUCAUUUCACAGCAUGGUUAUGUUUAAUGCUAGUCUUUACUAUUACAUUUUUGUUUUAAAACAAAUGAUCCACAUCCACACUGCAGUGUUUUAUUUUAAACUUAGUUAAAGCGCUAGUGUGUGGAUGUGGAUCAUUUUUGUUUUAGCCUAAUGCUGACACUGACUUAAUAACUAUUUAUUUUGCAUAUGGCUAACUUCAAAUUAUUGUAUUUGCAUCACAAAAUAAGACCAUGAUGGAAUUCUGAAGAAAAUGUUCAGAAGUUCAAAACUUUUUAG